CGAAACUCUGUCUUCGCUUCUAUUAAAUGUGACAUGCCGGAGUCAUUGAAUGUGGGAAACGGGAAUCCAAGUAUCCCAAUUAUUAAUGAGAGGACACUUCCAAAGUUCUUGGAAUCUGCUCGAAUGGAGAAAUCAGUCAGUAGAACCAGUACCAGGUUGAAGUUGUUCUCUGGUACUGCAAAUCCAGCACUUGCUCAGGAAAUUGCUUGGUAUAUGGGUUUGGAGCUUGGGAAGGUUAAUAUUAAGAGAUUUGCUGAUGGAGAGAUCUAUGUUCAGCUACAAGAGAGUGUUAGGGGAUGCGACGUCUAUUUGGUGCAGCCUACUUGCACUCCCACUAAUGAGAAUCUCAUGGAGCUUUUGAUUAUGGUAGAUGCUUGCCGAAGAGCUUCAGCUAAGAAAGUAACAGCUGUGAUUCCGUAUUUUGGAUAUGCAAGAGCUGAUAGGAAGACACAAGGGCGUGAAUCCAUUGCUGCCAAAUUGGUUGCUAAUCUGAUCACUGAAGCCGGUGCAGAUCGAGUUCUUGCAUGUGAUCUUCAUUCUGGACAGUCCAUGGGUUAUUUUGACAUUCCUGUCGACCAUGUGUACUGCCAGCCGGUGAUACUUGAUUAUCUUGCUAGCAAGUCAAUUUCCUCAGAGGAUUUGGUAGUGGUUUCUCCUGAUGUUGGUGGAGUAGCCAGGGCACGUGCUUUUGCAAAGAAAUUAUCAGAUGCGCCACUUGCCAUUGUCGAUAAAAGGCGUUCAGGACACAAUGUUGCUGAGGUCAUGAACCUAAUUGGUGAUGUAAAAGGGAAGGUGGCAGUAAUGGUGGAUGAUAUGAUUGAUACCGCUGGUACUAUUGUAAAAGGAGCAGCUUUGUUACACCAGGAAGGUGCUCGGGAGGUAUAUGCGUGCUGCACACACGCUGUUUUUAGCCCGCCAGCGAUAGAACGAUUAUCAGGGGGUUUGCUUCAAGAAGUGAUAGUGACAAACACAUUACCAGUCGCAGAAAAGAAUUACUUCCCGCAGUUAACAAUAUUAUCGGUGGCUAAUCUUCUGGGUGAGACCAUUUGGCGUGUCCAUGAUGAUAGUUCCGUCAGUAGCAUUUUCCUUUGACAUCUCUCAUUGCAACCAACAUUUGAACGAUUCUUGGUUUUGUUAGACGGGUGAAGGGUCGGUUUAGAAAGUUUAUCUAUCUCGGUUUAUGUUGUAACCGGCAAGCUUCACCAAAUUUGCUUGCUUUUGUCUUUUGGUAGCUUAGGUUUUUCUUAUUUGCUCCACAUCUUCAGUUAUAUGGAUCCACCCAUGGUCAUGAACCGAUUUUUGAUUAUGGUAUACACAAGUUUCUAAAAGUUUAAUAUAUCGUCUUGUAUUUU